AUGAUGAGAAACCUAUUUUUCCGAGCGCAAGAAUGGGGUUGUAUAACUCUCACAUUGGGAUUCCUUGUGUUAACCCCUGUAGCCCAACAGGCUUCAUCCACGACGCAAGCUCCUGACCAAUAUGCUCCCAACUUCAUAGGCUAUGUCUCUAGCACGGGGAGCUAUGUCCGAAUAACCUGUGCGCCAGAACUCGUCUACUCGUCAUCUGGCAGCUACGCAGCUUGCCUGAACAUGAGCCACACGCGCACAGCCAUCGCGACAACUUGUGUGAGCGGUUCCAUGCCGGUGUAUCCACGUAGCACUGUCACCUGCCCUGAGACAGCGCCUCUCUGCGCAUGGGAUUACGUGAAUUCGAACUUGAAAGACGAAGUUCCUCUCACAAUGAUCGGUUGUGGCACUACCAGCGAUCCCUGGGACUACUACCGGGAGACAACUACCAGUGCAUCGUCUGAAUCGACGAGUAACCAGGGCGAUUCUAGCACCCUGGAAACAGUCACAAUGUCAACUUCUAGGGAAACAAGUCCGUCCUCUGAUACGCCUACGCAAGACAGCCCGUCAAAACAGACAAAUCUCGCCUGGAUCGCCGGUCCUAUUGUGGGUGGGAUUGCUGGAAUCGCAAUCAUUGCAUUGUUGGCAUGGAUUGUCGUACUUCUUCGGCGAAGGGCCACCAGGUGA